CAGAGCUCAUUUCUUGCAGAGACUUCGUGCCGUUCAGAUCGAGUGAAAGGCAGAAAAGAAAGCAAUCGAAGCCAGAUCGAAUCACCGAGUGAAAGACAACCAUUUUUUUACUGUGCAAAGUGCAGUUCGCUCCGCCAAUUACAACAUCACACACAACAUCGGCAUUAAUCGGUUCGCGAAAGUGCGGCAACAAAGUGCAAGUGCAAGAGGCGCCCCAAGAGCGAGAGGCGAAGAGCAACGAAGAGAGUUGAGAGUCUGCAAGAGCAGAACACGCAAACGGCAAAGAAAGUUACACUGAAAAACCCAUCAAGAUGACGACCAAAAUGGCUAUCAACGCAAAGGAUAUUUUCCGCAACCAGCAUCGCCUGAUCCGCUUCAUCGAGAAGUCCAUCCGGCUGUGCAGCAACCAGUCACUGAAGACCGCCCAGCAGCAUCAGCAAAAGUCGACGGCCGACUUCCAGAUCACUGCCUCCGUGGACACACAGUAUGCCAGCGGUACCCCAGAGCCCAUUAAGCAUGACAAGGAUCUGGGCCAUCAGUUCCGUGCCUCCCAGCUCUCCGUGCGCUUAGCCGCUCCAGAGCAGCUGCAUGCCAAGCCGGACAAUGACGAGGAGCUGGGCUUUGGACGUCUCUUUACCGACCACAUGUUGAAGAUCUACUACCACAAGAGCCUAGGUGGAUGGCAGCGACCAGAGAUUACGCCGCUGGAGAACCUGGUCAUGCACCCGGCCGCCAAGGUGCUGCACUACGCCGUUGAGCUCUUUGAGGGCAUGAAGGCGUACCGCGGCGUCGACGGCAAGAUUCGCAUUUUCCGGCCGGACAUGAAUAUGAACCGCAUGAACCUGGCCGCCCAGCGAUCGGGUCUGCCCACAUUCGAGGGCCCCGAAUUCGUCAAGUGCCUGUCCCGUCUACUGUCCAUUGACUCCGAGUGGGUGCCACACACGGAUACCGCCAGCCUGUACAUACGUCCCACGCUGAUUGGCAUUGAUCCCACUCUGGGAGUUGCCUCCUCUGACUCGGCCCUGCUUUACACAAUCCUCAGCCCCGUUGGCAGCUACUUUAAGACAGGCUCCUCGGGCGCCGUUUCCCUCCUAGCCGAUCCCAGCCAUGUGCGUGCCUGGCCAGGCGGCGUUGGCAAUCGCAAAAUGGGCUCCAACUACGCACCCACCAUCAAUGUCCAGAAGGAGGCGGCAGCGAGGGGGCUGCAGCAGGUGCUGUGGCUAUACGGCGAGGAUCAUCAGCUCACUGAAGUGGGUACCAUGAACAUCUUCAUGUUCUAUGUGAACGAUCAAGGAGAACAAGAACUGGUUACCCCGCCACUGAGUGGCCUGAUCCUGCCUGGCAUUACCCGUGACUCCAUCCUGCGCAUGACCCGCCAAUGGGGCAAGUUCAAGGUUUCCGAGGCCACCAUCACCAUGCCCCAAGUCUGCGAGCUGCUCAACCAGGGAAGGCUGUUGGAGCUGUUUGGAGCGGGCACGGCGUGCGUGGUUAGUCCGGUGAACCGCAUCAACUACCUCGGCCAGGAUCUGUACAUACCCACCAUGGAGCAGGAGAAGCCUGUGCAUGAGCUGAUCCGCGACACCUUGACCGACAUCCAGUACGGCAAGGUGGAUCAUCCGUGGUCUGUGGUGAUUGACUAAGCUAUGGCCCACUCUCUGUUAUCCUGUAGAUCCUGUAUCCUGUAACCUAUACCUUCCCCUCCCCCUUACCCCUCCCGUACCGUGUAUUAGUAGGAUUUAGUUGCCAAGCGUUUUGUGGGUUUGCCAAUGUGCUCGAAUUUGUUUCGUUUGUUGUGCAUUUAUCUUUAUCUGCAUCUGUCUAUAUAAUAUUUAGCGUAGCGUAGUAAGUCCAGAAUUCACUAUAUACGCCGCAAUUUGGGCGAUCGUAUAAGUUGCAUUUAAAUGUGUAUUUAUUUAUUUAUAUGUCAGGAAUUCGAAUUGUACAUAAUUCCCAACUUACCACGGUUCAAUGUUAACGAUUAGUGCCUUUAUUCUCUUUAUAUUGUAUCAUAUUUUUAGUUUUGUUUUUUUUCCCUAUUCUUUUUUUAUAUUUUUUUUCGUUUAUUUUUUAUGCAUACAUUGUUUCUUUGAAGCUGUGUGCAUGCUUAUGAAUCGUCUUAUUGCGCUUUUACUUCCAAGCAGCGUCGACAGCAAAGCAAAAUUACAACAAAAAAAAAAAAAAAAACAAGAGUUUAGCUAGGACAUUUUGGAAAUGGAUAAAAUAUAGAAGGAGAGUAGUUUCAAAACAAAAACAAGUUGAAAACGUACCGGAGGCGAAUGCAUUUAUUAGUGAGUAAGUGAUCGAGGUGUGUUCUUGGAGGUAAAAGCGGCAGAAGAGGAGCAGCAGUAGUCGGCGGCUGCGAGCUGUGACUAAAGCUAAUCUAUACCUGAACCUGUCAGUAGAACUUAGGACUAGGCUGUAAACCUAACCCCAACCGAAUCAAGCUGUAUACUAUAUGUACCACAUUAGAAGUUAAGUGAAUCCAUUUAUUCCACGACGAAUAAACGAUGAGAACACAAAUGGUUGUGUAUAUUUAA